GUGCAUUGUUAAUCGCAGCCAACUUCACAUCAACGCGUUCUCGGUAUAGGUUUUAGCCAUUAUUUAUUCGCAAUAAAUGCGAAUGCAAUUGCGAAAAUUGAUUUGAUUCGCUAUAUUUGCGAAAUAGCAACAAAAUAAUUCGUUUUCUAAGUAAACGCGCUUUCAUUGCAUAGCUUUUACUUCGUCUAUAAUACGUUUUCAUUUCGCCUCAGUUGUGCGCGUGAGUGUGUGUGUAUAUAUUUUUGUGCGUGACGCGCUGCUGCCGCCAUUCAAGAUUGAAGCGAAAAAAUGGAUUUGGCGAAGUUGGAUAAGAUGAAAGUGGUAGACCUGCGUACCGAGUUACAAACGCGUGGUCUUGAUACCAAAGGUGUAAAAGCAGUGCUCAUCGAGCGCUUGAGAGCACAUGUGGAAGGUUCUGCUGCCGGCGGCGGCGGCGAUGGAGAUGGCGCCCCAGUUACACCUAGCCGCCGACAGCGUCGGACGCGAUCCAUGUCGCGAUCACCAUCGCCGGUGCCGGCAGCUCCAGUUGCCACUCAACCAGAGUUAGAGACUCUGGCGGAGGAGGAACACCAUGGAGCCGAGCCGGAAGUUGAGUCUGCUUCAGGAGCAGAAGUGGAGGAAGUUGAAGAGGAUGAACAUGAAGAGGAACAGGAACAGCAGGAAGCGCAAUCGGAAGAUCAAGCCAAGCAGGUCGCAGAGCAAGAAGAAGAGCAAACGGACUCUGCUGCACCGACAGCAACACAAGAUGAAGAUGUUGCUAUGGCAGAGGAACCCACAACUAUGGAGACAGAAAAUCAAGAAGACUCCAAUGAUUUCAACAAACCAGCGGAAACAGCAGCGCAAGAGGCAGAGAAUAAUGAUGCAGAUGCAGAUGCCGAUGCUAAUGCUAAUGCUAAUGCUGAUGCGGAUGCGGAGAAAGUCGCACACCAAUCCAAUGGUAACGAUGGUGAAAAAAUGGAUGUGGAUGAUGAUGCUGGCACUGGAACCAAAACAGACAAGGAGGACGACAAGCAACAGCAGCCGGAGCAAGAGCAAGAAAAGUCGAGCGAACGACGCAAACGUUCACACAGUAAAACUCGCUCGCGCAGCAGCUCGCGCUCACCCAAACGUCGCAGCGGCGAUAAGCGCGACUCCAAAGGUGGUGCCGCUGUGGAGGAGCAACGCACCGUAGUCGAGGAUGAGCCCACCAUAGAGGAAAACAAAGUGGGCCUCAGUUGGUUUGAUUCUGACAUCCAUUUGGUCAUUGACUCUACCAAUUUUACGUCGGCAAAGCCAUUGGCCCCGGAAAUCUAUUCACUUAUUUGGUCUGGUGCACGCGCCAAUUACGGCGUGCGCGAGGGCAAGGUAUGCUUUGAGGUGCAAUUGUCGGAGGAGAUUGUGCCAGAGAAUGCGCAUCAUUUCCGUGAUGAGCCGCAUGUGCGAGGCUUUCGUGUGGGCUUCUCAACGCCGCAGUCAUCGCUGUUGCUGGGCGAAGCUGAACAUUCCUAUGGCUAUUGCGAGAGCGGCCGAAAGGCCAACAAUGGCGAAUUCAAAGAUUAUGGCAAACCAUAUCAGCUGGACGAUGUAAUUGGAUGUUACUUGGAUCUGGAGAGCACGCCGUGCAACAUCAGGUACACGCUGAAUGGCGAAGAUCUGGGCAUUGCCCAUGAGUUUGAGAAGAGCAGUCUGGGCGAGGACGGUGCUCUCUUUCCGCAUAUUGUCACCAAGGGCUACGAGUACACAGUGAACUUCUCCAAUGCCGAGGAGCUGCUCGUCAAUGCCGAACGGCCGACACGCAAGCGUCGCAAGCAACGUGCCGAGUCGCAUAAAGACGAUGACAACGAUGGUGAGAAGUGGAAGGUGCUGGACGAGGCGACCGCUGACGAUGAUGAGCCCGAGAAGAAGGACGAUGAAACGAAACCAGCUGCAGGCGAAGAAGAUGGCGACAAAGUGGCGGAGGCAGAGGCAGACGCCAAUGCAGAUGCAAGCAGUAAACCCACUGAAGAUGAUGAGCAGUCCAAAGAGGCUGGCGGCGAGGGAGAGUCGCAAUCGGAGCAGACAGAACAAGCUGAGGGCGCGGAGGCUGCAUCGCAGGAUCAGGCAAUGGAACCUGCUGAGGAAGCGGCAGAAGCUACAGCUGCUGUGCCCACUGAGUCGGCAGCGGUAACCAAUGGCGACAGCGUGCCUGAUGCUGAGGCUGCAGCCGAGCCAGAGGCAGCGGCAAAAAAGUCAGCCAAAAGCAAUGAAGCGUCAGCCAAUGCUGAGGAUGAGGACGAGGACGGCCCAUCGCCCAACAAGCGUACCAAAACUGAAUCUGAAACAGAGAAGUCUGCGGAAAAGUCACAAGCGGCUGAAGAGGAAUACGAGGAUGUUGUGCCCGUGCCACGGGACACUGUCGCCCUAUUGCCGGGUUAUGUACUGUUGGCUUUGGUGCCCAUCGAGCAACUGGUUCCCGGUCCUCAGCGUCCUGCUUCGCGCAAGGAGUGCGAGGUUAUUCUGCUAGUGGGUCUGCCCGGUGCUGGCAAGACGCACUGGACACUCAAGCAUGUCGCUGAGAACGCCGACAAGCGUUACGAAGUCAUUGGACCUGAUUCCAUAAUAGCCAAAAUGACGAUUGAUGGAGAAUCGCGCAAAACUGUGCACAAAGGUCGCUGGGAUAAGGUGUACGAGAUCUGCUUGAAUAGCCUCGGCGGCCUGGAAGACAUUGCUAUGAAGCGGCGUCGCAAUUUUAUACUCGAUCAGACGAAUGCGUAUGCCUCGGCCCAGAGACGUAAAAUGAAAGGUUUUAGCGACUUCAAGCGUAUUGCGGUUGUUUGCAUACCCGGCGAAGAUGAAUUGAAACGUCGCAUCGCCGAUAAAGAGGAAAAGGGAAAUGCUUUUACAGUUAAAGAAUCAACAAUAAAUAACUUACGAGCCAAUUUCACGCUGCCCUCGCUGGAGUUUGGCUGGUUUGACGACAUCAUCUACACGGAGCUGAACGGGGACGAGGCCAAGGCCGAGGUCAAGAAGUACAAUGAGAAGGGCAAGAAGGCCAUCGAUGCGGACAGGUCGCGUGACAAGAGAUCGCGUGGCGGACGCGAUAAUUAUCGACGCGAUGACAGGCAUCGCAAUCGUCACUUUGAUGACCGGCGUCGGGAUCAUGGCGGACAACGUCACGACAGUCGCUGGAGCGACUCGAGACGCGGCGGCGGAGGUGGAGGUGGCGGCGGUGGCUACUCCAGCGGCGGCGGCAGUGGAGGCGGCGGUGGCAGCCGUGGCUAUGACAAUCGCAAUCGUGGUUAUGGCGGCAGCGGUGGUGGCGGCGGCGGCGGCGGUGGUCAGCAAAACUGGAUGCAGAAUAAUCGCCGAAGCGGCUAUGAUGAUCGCGGCUAUGGCGGUGGAGGCAACAUGGGCGGCGGCAGUCGUGGCUAUGAUAAUCGCAAUCGUGGUUAUGGUGGCAGCGGUGGUGGCGGCGGCGGCGGCGGUGGUGGUGGUGGCCAACAGAAUUGGAUGCAAAACAAUCGAAGGAGUGGCUAUGAUGAUCGCGGCUAUGGUGGCGGUGGCGGCAGCUCGCGAGAUUAUCGCGAUCGAGAUCGCGGCGGCAAUGAUCGCAAUCGGCUGGGCAGCAAUGAUCGUAACCGAGGCAGCAGCCAAAGCAGCAGCUAUCGCUCCGGCGGCGGUAAUCAUCAACAACGGGAUUUUCGGCAUGGCCACCGCGACACCAAAGAAGAUAGUCGCGGUGGCUAUGAGCGGUCAGCUGCACAAGCGCUGCCCAAAUACGGCAAUAACUCGGCCCAGGUAGCCAGCUACGAUCAGUACAAGUCGAGUGGAGGUCAGCAGUCCGGCUCCAAGUCCGCGCUAAGUGGCAAAUGGAGCACCUAUGCCCAGCACCAACAACAGCAGCAGCAGACGCAUCAUCAGCCGGCCGGCGUUUGGCAGCAGCAGCCGCCACAACAGCAGCAGCAACAAUAUCAGCAGCAGCAGCAAACGCAUCAGACCGCAGCAGGCCAACAGCAACAACAACAACAAUAUUGGAACUAUAAUCAGAUGCAGGGUUAUGGCAACCAGCAGCAGCAAUCCGCUUGGCAAGGCGCUGAUCCACAGCAGCAACAACAGCAAUGGAUGUCCUGGUGGCAGCAGCAGCAGCAACAUCAGCAGGGCGCCGGCGGGGGAGCAGCGAACAAUAAUGUGGGUGGUGGCAGUGUGGGUGGCACUGCGGGCGCAGCGGGCAACAAUGAUGGCGGUGCCACCAAUCAUUAUUGGUCUCAAUAUUCAUACUCUACACAGUCCAAUGCGGGCGUCGACAAGAAAUAGAAGAAGAAGAAGAAGCAGCUAAUAAAUCGGUGCACACUUUUUUUUGCCGUCGCAAAACCCCAUUCAUUCACACACACACACACACACCCCCACAAGAUGGAAACCCAACUUUAAAGUAUAGUUUUUAAACAUAAUACAAAUCAAACAAACAGAAAGCGAGCGUAAAUUUAGUGUAGCCAGUUUUUAAGCGUCUGAAAAGUCCAAACAAACAAACAAAAGCAACUUUAACAGCAGUUUGUCUCUCGCACUCACUCUCUCUAUAUAAACAGAAACAACAAAAUUGGUGAACGACGAAAGAACUGUUGAUUUUUUAACUAAAGAAAACGCAAAAAGGAAAAAGCAGAAUAUAUUUACUUUUUACUUGCAACAAUUUUUUCAUUGCAACAUUCGGAAUGAGAAAAACAAAAAAAAGCACACAGAAAAUCCAAACCAAUCUUACAUUUAUUGAUUGUAUAUUAUGUGAAACGGUUUAUAUAUAUAUAUUAUAAUAUUUUGUUUAUUUCGCCAAUUAGCAAACUUUUCCUUGUUUUUGCCAAACGAAAGCAAUAAAGGAACGUUAAUUGAA